AUGACUGCGGAGCCGCCGUCAAAGUUCAUCGCCCUAAUGGCUGGCGAGGACGCUGUCAGGCCCUUCGAGCUGGAUCCGGUCGUGAGCAGGCCCGUGGCGUGGCGACGCAGUCGGCAUGCCACCACCGACCUUGGAGAGCGGGACCUGACGGCGGAGAUUUCCGACCCGGCGGCGCCGCACGCACCUCCGCGCGAGGAGCUGCACCGGCUGCUGCAGCCCGCCCUCGAGAGCCGCAUUCUCCCCUACGUGCGCCAGAGGGUGGACUACGGCGGCGGCGGCGGCGAGGGGGUCGUGGUGGCGGACGCCCUGCUGCGCGCCUACCGCGAGGAGGGGCAGGAGGCAGAGGACCGGAGGCAGGCCCUCGCCCCGCACUUCGACGUCACCUCCUUCGCGACGGUGAUCCUGCCUCUCAACCCGGGCGAGUGCGGGCAGCGGCCUCUCCCCACAGACCGGUCUCGCGGAGACCGCUACUCGCUCGUGUUGUGGCUCUCCGACUCGGCCGAGAGUGUCCGCGCGCGCGCGACGCCGUGGCUCCGCGCCGCUGCCGACGGAGGCAACGCCUACGCGCAAUUUCUACACGGUGCAGCCCUCCGAUCCGGGAGCGGCGGUGCGGCGAGGGACGUCGGCGCCGCGGCCGAGUACUGGCGCCGCGCCGCCGCGCAGGGCCACGCGCUCUCUCAGCUGGAGCUCGGCCUGCUCUACUGGCGGGGCGAGGAGGGGGUCGUCCCCCGCUCCGUCGUCGAGAGCCGGCGCCUCGCGGCGGCGGAGGCAGGCCUGCCCGCGGCGAUGGCGCACCUCGGGUGGUGCGAGGCGAACGGCAAGUUCGGCGAGCGGGACGAGGCGGCGGCCCUCGGGUGGUAUGAGAGGGCAGCGCGCCAGGGCAGUACGAGCGCAGUCGAGGCGCUCAUGUACGGCGAGUGGAGCGGAGUGAGAGAUGGUGUACAGUUCAACACGCGACUGGCUCGUGAGAUGGGUACUGAAGCGUGA